ACGAACGCCACUGUUCGUACUGACGUACUGUGAAAGCGUUGCUAUCCAUGUUGUUCUCGGUUAUGUGUUUUCAUAUAGUUUUAUUCCAGUUUUAUUUAUCAGUAAAUAAGUAUUUUAAUUAGACUUAUAAGAACUAAAAACCUCUAUCGGUUAGUUCGAUAGUGGUUAGUGUUUUAAGCGUUGAAGAGGAGGCCCAGAUAAAUCUUUGGUUUUCGUGAACAGUUAAAUGACGCGUACAACUGAAGAUCAUUUAGCUGUGUUUAUUUACUUUUAACAAUUACAUCGAAUACUGGGUAAUCCAAUACAGCAAGGAUGGAAGGAAAGUCGCCCCGCGGGGGCAGUGGUAGCAAAACCAAUAGUACUGAGGGCGAUGUUGUGGCCAACGAAGAAAUGGCGCCAAAUGUGAAUGGGAGCAAUAAAGAUGGUGGCACUAGCACUGGCACAGACUAUGAUAGUAUAGAAGCGGAUAUCCGAGAAAUGAAUAGGGAACUAUCACCAGGUCCUAGAACCAGAAAGAGAAAGGCUGCUGAAAUGAAGACGGAUGAUGAAUCUGAGGAAGCUGCCAUUAAGAAGGAGCCGGAGAGUAAAGAUGAUGAAGGUAGCAUUAACACAGAUGCAUCAACCGACAAAAUAGAAGAUGAAUCUUCUUCCCCACUGAAUGAUAUUGCUUCAGAUUUGAGGGAAAUUUCUGUACCUGAGAAACAAGUUUUUGGAAAAGGAAAAAGGGCUAGGGUACCAAAUAAGAGAUACAGUGAUUUAAGUCUUAACAAGGUAACAUUUGAUUCACCAAAAGGUAAAGCCGAGAAUGGGCAAGUUGCUGAAGUGAAAAUUGAGAAAGAAGAUGUGCCAGAACUGAUUGAUAUAAAAAAGACAGUCCGGCGAAGUAAAUCUACUUCAGUUGAUAAUCUAAAUUAUCUGAAACCAUUCUCAUAUGGAUGGAAACGCGAAUUGGUGUAUCGGUCAACAAAUGAUUCUUCUAUGCGGCGCAUGGGUGAUAUUUAUUAUUAUACACCAACAGGCAAGAAAGUGAGGUCUAUGAGAGAAGUUGCAGAGACCUUGCCAAAACACAAAGAUUUAACUAUUGGCGAUUUCACCUUUACCAAGGAACCUUUGGGUAUUGAUGAUCCUGAAAAAGAAAUUAUAAGAGAUGCUAAGAUUAAAACUGGUGCAACAAAGAAACAUGUAAAAGUUGUAUCUAAGCCAGCAGCCACAUCAACACCAACAACAAAAGCAAAACCUGUAGUUGCUACAUCAUCAGCGAAAUCUGUAAAAUCUAAAACAUCCUUCAAGGUCAAGAUGCCAAAGGCAAUAGUGAAAACGAAGGAAAAGAAAGUUAAAGUUGAGCCAAAGAGUGAAGCAGCACCCAAUGAUGAUAUGGAAGUGGGCACUUAUCCAUCAAAUUGGACACCAAAAAAGCAGAAAGUAUCCAACAGCUUUACGACAGCAAAUGUCAGCAGCAAACCGUGUGAACCAUGUUCUAUAAGAUGCGAGGGACUUUUGGGUGUUAUACCGACAUUGCAAUGUCGAAAAUGUCUUUGUUUAUUUCACAACGAAUGCGUGGGACUUGCCUCGCAUAUUAGUGUGCAAGAGUACAUGUGUAAGAAUUGUCAACUGGAACAAGACCCAAAAGUAGGUGCAGCAUCUCUUAUGACCCCCUUACCUCCAUUAACCCCUGCAAACACUUUGAAACCAGUGCAAACUAAUGCUUUACCUAAAUUACAAAGAAUACCUAAACCUAAUGAAGUUCCACUCAAAGACAUUCCUCUUCCAGAACUGCCUAAACUAACUCCUAAACCAGGCAUUGUUCCAGUGCAAGAAAAUAAAAGUAUAUUAGGCUCUGUGACAACUUGGUUUCCACCAAGUUCAACAAUACAACUUGACAAUAAUGAUAAUAAUCAAGAAAAUGUACCGCAAGAACCUCCAAGGCCUCAAUUAGUUGAAUUUGUUGGUAACAAAAAAUAUCUCAUAGUUCCCAGACAUAAUAUUCUGUCUGUUGCACCGCUUGUUCCAAAAACACCAUUAGAAAAUGUUAAAACUGAACCAAAAUCACCCAAUAAAUCUAUGGAAACUAUGGAACCUUCAAUCCCUUCCCAAACAGCUGCACCAGACCACCAGGAACCUAUUGAAGAAGCCAAACUGCAGCAACUCCCAACGCCAAAUGAAGAACGAUCAGAUGCUACAACCACGCGAAGUGCUACUAAGUUAAGACAACCUCCGGCUUUACCAGAAACUGAAAGUAAAGUUGCGGAAUCUGCCAAAUUUAUGGAUACUUAUUUGCAAAAUCUAGCGUACGGCUAUAAGACUUUGCUAUAUGUAUUCCAGUAUUUGAAAGUCCAAGAUUUGUUGCGUGCUGGUUGCGUAUGUACAAUGUGGAGAGAUGUCGCGAGACAUCCUUUACUCUGGAAAACAGUUCGCAUGAAAAAUUCGCAAAUUCAUAGUUUCGAUGGAUUCGCAAACGCACUCAAAGAGCACAACACAGCUCAUUUAGAUCUCCGAAAAAUGCUUUUACCACCUGGUGCAGGCGAUGAAAUGUGGCCAGAAUUUACAAAUGCUCUUAGAAAAGUUGAUACUCUCAGGAAAAUUGAACUGUGCAGGUGUUCGGCUGAAGCCAUUGAAACCUUGGCAGUAACAAAUCCCAACUUGGAAGUUAUCAAUGCAGUCACAAUUAAAUGCGAAAGUAUGAGCUUUAGUGCUUUCAAUAAUUUAAAGAACUUGACGGAUUUGCGAUUAAAAUCAACCGCGGGUUUAGCGAUAACUGGAGGUGUAACUGCGUUGGGUGAAUUGACUCGGUUAAAAUAUCUUUCACUUACAUCUAUCAAAGAAUUGAAUAAAGCCAAUAUCGAGGUGUUGGAAAAUCUAGUGAAUUUGGAAGUUCUGGAAAUCGGUGAGUGCUCCGAUUUUCCAUCGACUUUCGGUACCCAAGUUUUGACGAAGUUAACAAAAUUGGAGAAGCUUCGUUUAGAAAAAGGACAAGGCGAAUGUCAUACGUUUGAAAUGUUGAAUGCGCUUAAAUCUUUGAAUUCAUUGAGUCAACUUGAACUGGUUAACUUCGAUAUUAAGGCUGGAUUCGAUAAAGCCUUAGGUGGUUGUGUUAAUUUGAAGAAAUUAUUAAUUAUACCCACAUACAUCUCACAGUCGGCAACUACUAAUCGCAUGGUACUGGGCGGUGUUCUUUUGCUUCAAAAAACAUUGCAACAUUUCGUCUGGGGUGUGACUUUGGAACUGUUAAGAGUUACGGAACUGUUCGUUGAUCAGUGCGAGCAACCCGAUAAGGAAUCGAAGGAUAAAACUUUGAACACCGGAGAUAGCAUUCCAGUGUUGAAACCGGUACCGUUUCAUGGAAUUUCUCAACCCGAGAUUCCGCCAUCGUCUGAUUCACCUCAAGUUGAGAUCUUACCAUUACCAAAUCUACAGAAGCUACUACUGCAAAAUUUACCAACAACGCGAGUACGAAUUUUAAAAAUUCCCUUCCAUGCGACAUGGCGACAAAGCAUUACGGACAGUGUAAAUUAUUGACUUGAAAAAAUAUUAUAUAAUAGAUAUAAGUGUAUUAUUUGUUGAAAAU